GGCCGGGACCGCGCCGGGCCGGGCUGCGCCCGAGCGGGGCGGCGCUGCCUGCAUGACCCUCCGGCGGCGCGGGGAGAAGGCGACCAUCAGCAUCCAGGAGCAUAUGGCCAUCGACGUGUGCCCCGGCCCCAUCCGGCCCAUCAAGCAGAUCUCCGACUACUUCCCCCGCUUCCCGCGGGGCCUGCCCCCGGACGCCGCGCCCCGCGCCGCUGCGCCCCCGGGCCCCGCCGCGGCUGGCGCCGGCCGCCGCAGCCCCUCCGACGGCGCCCGCGACGACGACGAGGAUGUGGACCAGCUCUUCGGCGCCUACGGCACCAGCCCGGGCCCCAGCCCCGGCCCCAGCCCCAGCCCCAGCCCGGCGCGGCCACCCGCCAAGCCGCCCGAGGAGGAGCCGGACGCCGACGGCUACGAGUCGGACGACUGCACCGCGCUGGGCACGCUGGACUUCAGCCUGCUCUACGACCAGGAGAGCAACGCCCUCCACUGCACCAUCAGCAAGGCCAAGGGCCUGAAGCCGAUGGACCACAACGGGCUGGCCGACCCCUACGUCAAGCUGCACCUGCUGCCGGGAGCCAGCAAGGCAAAUAAGCUCAGAACGAAAACCCUCCGUAACACCCUGAACCCCACCUGGAACGAGACCCUCACCUACUAUGGCAUCACGGACGAAGACAUGAUCCGCAAGACCCUGCGGAUCUCCGUGUGCGACGAGGACAAAUUCCGCCACAACGAGUUCAUCGGGGAGACGCGGGUGCCCCUGAAGAAGCUGAAACCCAACCACACCAAGACGUUCAGCAUCUGCCUGGAGAAGCAGCUGCCGGUGGACAAGACGGAAGACAAGUCGCUGGAGGAGCGGGGCCGCAUCCUCAUCUCCCUCAAGUACAGCUCGCAGAAGCAGGGCCUGCUGGUGGGCAUCGUGCGCUGCGCACACCUGGCCGCCAUGGACGCCAACGGCUACUCGGACCCCUACGUGAAAACGUACCUGAAGCCAGACGUGGACAAGAAAUCCAAGCACAAGACGGCCGUGAAGAAGAAAACCCUGAACCCAGAGUUCAACGAGGAGUUCUGUUACGAGAUUAAGCACGGGGACCUGGCCAAGAAGACCCUGGAGGUCACCGUCUGGGACUACGACAUUGGAAAAUCCAACGAUUUCAUUGGCGGCGUGGUUCUGGGCAUCAACGCCAAGGGUGAGCGCCUGAAGCACUGGUUCGACUGCCUGAAGAACAAGGACAAGCGCAUCGAGCGCUGGCACACGCUCACCAGCGAGCUCCCGGGGGCCGUGCUCAGCGACUGACGCCCCUGUCCGCCUGCCUCCGCCGCACAGCCCCUGCCGUCACCCGGGCCCAGCGUGGGCCAGCCCUGGGCUCCCUCGGCUGCCACCAAAGGCUGCAGCCCCCUCGUGGGGGGAGACCCAGGACACCUGCUUGGACACGGAACCUCUGCAGCCCCACCGGGAGGGCGCGGAGGGCCCAGCCACUCGAGGGACAGGGAGGGCCGGGAGCUGGGGGACGGAAUGGGGCCGCCCAGGGCGAGGACUCUCCUGGAGGUCAGCAGGAAGGCCCAGGCCAGGAGUGCAGGGGCGCCUGGGGGCCAGCAGGAAUGGAGGAGAGAGGCAGGCCAGCGAGGACCGGACCCCGAAGAAUGGUUACCCCCAGAACGGACCCCGGAGGACGGCUACCCCCAGACGUAGCCAAACGGAGGCUGCCGCACCUUCCUCGCCAGUGCUGCUGCGCAGGCGGGAGGAGGCGGCCUGCCCGGGGUCCGCUGGUGGACCCGGACUAAUGGACAACUGCUUCUCUCAGGGCACAGGAGCAGGGGAGAGCGGAAACCAACUGUGACUGUGGGGGUGGGGAGAGGGGAAGGGGCGAGAAAUGCCAAGACCAGCCUGGCCGGUGCAAGUGCUGGUUGCUGCUGCCUGCUGGGAGGGCAGGGAGGGCUUCCUGGAGGAGGUGGUGCUUCCUCGGGGCCUUGAAGGGCGAGUGGGGGUUUCUAGGCGGACAAGGGGAGGACCUUGCAGGCAACCAAGAGGACUACAAAGGCCCGGAGGGGAGCGGGGACCCAGGCACCAGGAGACAUUGAUGCCGGCGCAGGGUCAAGUUCAGUCCUCACUCCCAGCUCUCCCACUUUGACCUUUCUUCUCCUGAGGGACCUGGAGGGUGGAACCCACCCUUGGCCCGCCGCGGUGGAGGAGAGGAAAGGGUCCCUGGCGCAGGGGAAGAAGCAAACAUUCCUCCUCUUCUUCCUCCUCCUCUUCCUCUUCCGCUUCUUCCUCGCUCUCCCCUCCCCCUCCUCUGCUGGGUUCAGGCUGAGUAUCCUGGGCUUCCAGGUGGUGGCUCAUGGCAGCCUGGCCCUACUGUGGCCACAGAUGUCCCCGUUAGCAGUACUGAGUGGCAGUUCAAGGCCUUGUCUCUGCAUUGCUGUGGGGCUGGCUCUGCCCUCCCGGAGUUGAGCGAGAGACACCUGCGUGGGGGCCUGUCUGCUCCCCCAAAUCAGGCCUCCAGAAAGGGGCUGAGAGUAUCUGAAUCUUGGGGCCCAGGCCUGGAGCCCCCACACCUUCCAUGCCUACCAAGGGGCCUUCAGGAACGAAGGCAGAACCAAGGAGUUUCAAAGCUGCAGAUCCCCGGCGUGUUGAACCCCUCACUGCACGAUGGAAACAGGCCCGGAGAGGGAAGGAGGCCUGCCCGAGCCUGCCAGCCCUGGCACAGCUGGAACCAGGACCCCUGGCACCCAGCCCAGCGCACUGGACGCCACCCUUCAGGGGAAGGUGCGUGCAGGGCUCACCGCCUGCUGCCCACUGGCCCAUCCACGCCGGCAGCAGGGCUCACAGGGUUCGACCCGCAGCUGCAGACGCGAAGCACAUCACCAUCCCAGGCCCCAGGUGAUGGCUGGAAUCCCACCAAGUGCCCAUCAGCCCUUUCCCGGCCUGCAGGGGAAGCAGGACUCCAGCCCCACACGGGACCUGCCACCUUUGCUGCUCUCAAGCCUCAGUCUCCCCACUAUUAGGAAGGCUUUGUGCUGGGUCGAGGUUUUGCAUGCGCCGUCUUAAUGAGCCUCACAACCCCGGGAGAUGGGUUCAAUUGUCACCCCCUUGUCACAGCAGGGGCUGAGGAGUCUGCCAAGGCCACACAGCUGGGAGUGAGGAGCCAUGACCCAAACCCAGGUCUUCCGGCUGUCUGGGCUCAGUGCCUCCCGGUGGCUUCCGGCCUGGGCUCGUGGGGGCUCAGUGGAGAACCCAGGUGGAGGCUCAGUAAGCUCUGCUGCAUAGUAGGGACAUGGGUCCUUGUCAUUGUCCUGCCACCUCUCCUCUAGCUGGCUUCGAGACCAUCUGUGCCACUUAGGCUUCCCCAGAAGUGCCAGUCCUGGCCCCAGAACCCUCUGGGGCUGGGGCAAGGGCCCUCUUUUCUGCACCCAGCUAGAACUGGGGGCCUACGGUGACAGGCGGCCUAUUUUUUAAGGGUGUCUAGGUGAACUAUGGGUAUCUUAGCUUUGCUUCUGGGGGACCUCAGGUAGAGAGGACACCCAACAGCCUCUCUGAAGACAUGGAAGUGCUGAAUGGCCGUGCGAGAAGCGGCUGUGAGCCCCACCUAGCAUGCCUUCCUCAUUAGACACAUGGGGAAACUGAGGCCCAGGGUGGAAGGGGCUCGGGGCCCAGCUGGGACGACCACCCAGAACUCGGAGCACCAGCCCAGGCCCCCUGCUGCCCCAGGCUGUGCGGGUAGGUGGUCCAACAUGAGGUGAGGCUUCUGGCCAGCCAGGGUGGGUGCCCGGGCAGGAGGCCCCACAGGGAGCCUCGGAACCGUCACCAGGAUCCUGGCACUGUCCUAGAUCCUGUGUGUUUCUGUUCAAGGAAAAGCGCGUUGAGAAGCUGCAGAAUCGAUCGGCUCUACCCUUGACCCCAAACGGGCAUCCUUGGUCCGUCAGCCCCACAAAGACCGAAAAUCUGAUGCCAAAAAAAAAAUGUCAUUCCAAAGUCAGGUGUCAGUAACUAGGGGUGUCGCCCGGUGCCGGCAUCCACCUCCCGCCCCGCCCGCCGCCACCACUCGCCAGUCCCCGACGGGCCCGUCUUCCAGCCCUGAAGCGGUAGCCGCCUGACCUCCAGUGGCGAGAGCGAGGAACUGCACCCCGGCCCGCGGGGCCGUGCAUGCCCUGCCCCGCGUCCCUUCCCGACCGAGGGAACCUCCCGCUGCAUGGACUCUGGCUGUCGUCGACGCAGACUCGUGCACUGCUUAACACCGUUUUGCUACCAUGCGACGGCUGCAGAAACUCCUCAGACUGCAGCCCCACGACACUCUUUUUGUACUUUUCGUCUGACCUACCCGAAGGUGUCCUUUUUAAGUCUUAUUUGUUAAUAUUUAUAAUGACAUAUAAUCCAAAGUAAAUGGAGACGUCACAUUGCGAUGA